UCCCCGAAAUGUGCCACCGCGCUCCACGGGAAGCGAAGACUCCGGAAUUUUACCGAAGACCCCUUCCUGCGUCGCAAAUUCCGCGGGUGUUCGCGCCCCCCCAACAGUUUGGCAAAGAUGCAACUUGGUCUGCCCGGAACAACAUGGAUUCUCAUCCUGGCUGUGGCGGCGAUCGCUUCGUCCUCUCCAGCUCGGCCGAGGCCCAAGCGUGACGUGUACUACGACUCCUCCAUUGACGCCGGCGAGGAGUACCUGCUCGGCCUCCUCCGCAACCGCCUCAGCCACCCGGCCCUGCUCGAUCAACAGAAGCGGGCUGGCGGUCUCCUGGACUUCGGCGUGUCGCGAGGUGCCUCCGGAGCCGAAGCAGCCAAGGCCCGCCUGGGACUCAAGCUGGCCCACGACCCGUACGGACCCGGAAGGCGCUGAAGUCGAAGCUCGUAACUUGUACCCUGUGCGCACACACGACGGAUCCACACGGUGACAUGCGUUGGCGAAGAAGAAGGCGACAAGGUCCACUGUUGUGCUUCUCGGUUACGCCAGUUCCGCUACGACGGCGUCGCAAGAACUGGCAUGCUGUAAUAGACGCAACGCUGCGAUAACUUACUUAGGCUUAACCACGCUUCCGUGAAGCACUUCGGUGUGGGCGCUACGCUUGUUCCAUUUAUGAGUGUUCGAAAGAGCAUCUGCGAACUUAUGAUUAAGUUGCAACGUUCUGCCAUAAUUUAAUCGCAAGUUUUAUCGGAUGUGUCCGCAAUGAGGUCCCUUUACUAGCUAUGUAGCAUCAGUUGCACUGACUCAUCAAACGGAACUAUAGGGAUUCCAUGUGCUCAGUAGGUUCUUUUCUGUUUCAUGUCAAGGUAGCGACAACUCGAAAAUAUCGUAGGAUGUCGCUUCCGUUACAGACGCCCGGUGAUGUUAGUUUUGAAAUUGCGUUGUACAUAUGCAUGGCAAUAAAUGCAGUUGGCCUCUUCGCAAAGAGUAUAUAGCAGUAGCGAAAACUCUAACGCUGACCUAAGAAGCCACACGGAUUCGCGCUUUCUCGGUGCUCGACUCGGUUCAACCGCGAAUUCUAUCUUGGAUGCAUUCGAUUUCCGUCGUACUAGUUUCUUUCCGCUUGUGAAGCAAGCCUGCUGUUUUCGACGCCUCACAUUGUUCGAUUUGUGUGAAGCACAUGAACAAAGUAAUGACACGGGGAUGCGCACUGUGUAAUUUAUUUGUACACAAUAAACAAACCCAUCGAGCUUAGUCUA